GAGUUUCUGUGGGGGUAAGACAUGUUUUGCAGAGGAAAAGUAAAGUGCGAGUCCGGACCGCGCAGUCGUCAAAGCCGACAAGGGAUGUUACCGAGAGUUGUUCCGGCCUCCUCAUCGGCAACAUAAGAACAUAAAUCUUUCUGCGGCGAGGGGGAAAAGCUGUGUUUGGCCUGCAGUAGAGAGGAGAGAAGGAACAGGCGAGAAGGAAACGAGAGAAAGACACACAAAAAAGGAGUGCCUUAAAAGAGAAGCAAAGACCACAAAACUGCACUUUGUGAACGGCGAAGAAGAGAUGAGACCGCUAAAGAAACACAGAGGUCGAGGGGGGAGGAGGAGGGGGGGCUCUCAGCCCCUUGAAGAGAAAGACCCCAAAAGAGUCAAGAGGGAAACGCUCGUCAACGCCGCACAGCACACACCCAGCGCGCCCGCACGCAAACAGAUCCCACACACGGCCGUCAACUCUCACCAAGAACCGAUCCGAAGCAGCGGUCCCCCCGCGAGGGAGGAGCCCACCGAGCUGAGGAAACCUGUGGAGUCACCGGAGAGGGAAGGGAAAAAAGCGGAAGAAAAGACCGAAAAGGAAAAGAUGGUGGGCUCGAAUGGAAACAAGACAGUGUCCACUGGCACUGCAGCGCUCCCUCCCUCCACCCCAAUGCCACUCUCCACAGCCAAGCCCCCUCUGGCCACCAGUCACCCCCCCAGUGGAGGCUCAGUCUCCAGUCGGAAAACAGCCACAUUUAAGGCUCGCAUACCCAAGAAGAAAUACACAUAUGAGCACUUUGCAAACAAUGCAAGUAGCCUGACUACCAUUACUACCUCCAGCCCUGCACUCAUACACAACAGUUACUGCAAUAUUCACAGCAGAAUCAGUGAUAGUUUUAAUGCACCCAAUAAUAAUGACAAGAGUAGUAACAAUAUUAGUAAAAGCACGAAUAAAAGCACUACUUCUAAUAUAGAUAGGAGUACUAAAAGUAGCACCACAAGUGGUAUUAACACCGUGACUCAUCACAGUGCUGGUAGCCAUACUACUCUUGUCAACAGCAGUAAUAGUAGAAAUAACAAUUGCUCAGGUAAUCAGCCAUCAGUGCUAAUUGUGGACAGCAAAGCUCCAGAAGCAACGCAUUUAGUUUCCGGAGGGGAUAAGCCCCUCGGGAGAGCAACAUCCCAGGAGUCAGAGGGGUCCUCUAACUCAGUGCGCUCUUCGUCCACUGAGACUGCAAGUGAGCACUCGGCUGACCUGGACGGGAUGGAAGCAACGGGACCGAGCCUUCAUCCAAAGAACUCCUGCUACUCGGCUCCUCUCCAUAACUCACACCAUAAAGAGGCCAGGCGUUCAGAGGGUCUCGCCAAAGCUCUGGCCAAAGGCAUGAAAAACCAGAGAGUUCUCGCUCGCCAGGUAAAGAGGCCCAUGGAGGGUGGGGUGAAGGAGAUUGACUCAUGCCUUUCACCCGUGUUCAGACCAGGGGUGGUGCGUAGGGUGAGUGGAGGGACUGUGGAAGUCCAACUCCAAGGAGAGGAGACGCUUGUUGAAUACCCUUUCCACGGUGGGUCCGUGACGGCGUCGUCAUCCGGGCCUGAGAGCCCUGUGGAGUUCAUUUUGGACGCCACCCCUCCUGGCUUGGCGCCUGUGGCGGUCCGGACCCGGGUGUGCGUGCCCUUUGGGGGAGAGGAGGGCGGUCCUCUGCUGUACAGAGAGGGGGUCGUCACUCAGGUGGACCCCCACCCCGGAGUGUCCUUUCCUUACCAGGUGCUGCUGAGUGAAGACAGAGAGACUCUGGACAAUGCAGACGUGGGGGAAGAGAAAGCUAAUGCUAAUUCUCAGGCCGUGUGGGUGUCCCGACAAAGUCUGAGGCUGCUCACCCCUCCCUGGGAGGUCCCACAUUUGGAUGGUGGGAUGGCCCAGGAAAGAGAGCGUGAGCGGGAGAGAGAGGAGAGGGAGCGGAGGGAGGAGAUGGAGGUAGAGAGGGAAGUGUGCCAGUUGAGUAUUGGGAUGGGGGUGCUGGGAGGGGGAGCGCGACUAGGCCAUGCCUUUUCACAUGAAGGAGUUGCAGGAGGGCAUCCCUAUGGCAACGCACAUCCACCAUCCCCUUCCUCCACCGUGACCUCCGGCACAGUUCUCUCUGGCAGAGAGCGGCAGGACCAGCCGACCACUCCAGAGGAGGACGUCGAGGUGUCUCGUUUCAACAUGGAGCUCGCUGCCGGCCCCAAGACGAGCGCCAGGACCUCGAAGCACAGAAACAUCGUCUCCAAGUCCAGCUGCUACCCGCCCUCUUCUCCCCACCUCUCUGCGGUGCCAGGCCCGGGACCCCCACAGCCACCCCGUUCCCCUGCCUUAGCGGGGUCCGACACGAACAACACCACCCCGAGCCUCCCUCCAUCAAAGUCCACUCCCACUCAGACUCCUCCCCCCACUUCUGGUGGGGGAUCCUCCGCUGCCUCCUCUCGCUCCAGGACUCCCCUCGCAUUGGCUCAGCAGAAAUACAAGAAGGGCGAUGUGGUGUGCACGCCGAACGGUAUCCGCAAGAAGUUCAACGGCAAGCAGUGGAGGAGGCUGUGCUCCAGGGAGGGCUGCAUGAAGGAGUCUCAGCGCCGGGGCUACUGCUCGAGACACUUGUCCAUGAGGUCCAAGGAGAUGGAGGCGCCAGGGGGAGGGGGAGGGGGCAGCAGCUCGGGGACCGUCACCCCUGACCUGCGGGGCAGAGCGAGCAGCGAGUUUGAGUGGGACGACACAUCCCGAGAGAGCAGCGAGACCAGCAGCCGAGGAGACUCCAGGCCCCGCCUGGUCCUCCCCUCCCUCCUCCCCCACGACCUGUCGUCGCGCUUUGACUUUGACGAGUGCGAGGCCGCCACCAUGCUGGUGUCGUUGGGCAGCUCCCGCUCCUGCACCCCCUCCUUUUCUCCCAUCUCCACCCAGUCGCCCUUCUCCCCUGCCCCCUCUCCCUCGCCUUCGCCGCUGUUCGGCUUCAGGCCCGCCAAUUUCUCCCCGAUUAGCGCCUCCCCGGUGCUGCAACACCGGCGGCACAGGCAGCCCAGCGGGACGGGCGGAGGAGGGGCAGGGGCCAGUAAGGUGCCAACCCCCGCUGGAGGAGGAGGAGGAGAACGGGAGAGACACUCCUCGGGUAUCCAGUCCUCCUUCCACAGCAACCUGAUGUUUACGGUCCCCAUGAGCCCCAGCAAACGAAAGCCUGACGCACUCCCUCCACCCCCCCUCCCCUCACACCACCACGACACCAAGACGGAGCUGGAGCAGGGGGACCUCAGCAGCUCUUUUCGGGUGCUGUCCCCCCAGACACCGGCUUCGCAUUCCCGCACGCACACCCCCACCUUCUCCCGACCCAGAGGAGUCUCCACCCCCUCGUCCACGGCUGUCUCCCCUCCUCCCCUGCUGGCAUCUCCAACUCCCCCUUCCCCGCUCACUCCCGAUGGAGCGCCUCGGCGUGUGGUCCCUGUAUCCCAGCAGGCCUUGCGGGACUCUCCUGUCAUUGUGAGGAAUCCUGAGUGUCCCUUAGAAAGAGGAGGAGGAAACGAAGGAGGGACAGACGCAACCUCAUCGAAAGACGUCGGCUUAGCACCCCUCACCCCCCAGCCAGCGUCAGGCCUCCAGGUUCCCGUCCCCAUCAACGCCGCUGCAGCCACAGUACCCAAUGGCGCCGUCCUCUUGCGGAGCCCGGCCCAAACGUUGGUGCUUGUGUCCCCAACACCGUCCUCCCUGCCCACAGCUGCCACCCCCGCCACCCUGCAUGCCCUGUCAGUUAGCGUCGGCACAACAGUCCCCGCUCCGGUUCCGAGCAGCACGGACAGCCCCGCGGGCCGAGAGGAGAACCGGGGGGCGGGGUUCGGGGGUGAGGUCCAGCAGCCAGUCCCGUGUCACCCUUCCCCCACCGCUCUGCUGCCGCUGAUCCUGCCAGUUGAAAGCCUUCACCCCGCUCCACGCAAGGACAUCAUCAUGGGACGUCCUGGCACAGUAUGGACCAACGUAGAGCCGCGGUCAGUUCCAGUCUUCCCCUGGCAUUCAUUGGUCCCUUUCCUGGCACCCACUCAAUCAGAUGCUUCUUGUCAGCCAGGAGAGGGCCAGUACCCAGUCCACCACCCCCAAGCAGCCAUUCUGAAGACAGAGUGUCAGGGGGUGGCAGCGCUGUCACAGCAGCCUGCAGAGGCCCCUCCCACUGUAGAGAGAGGUCCUCCACCGCGGCCUCCCCCCUCUUCCGAUGAGCUGCCUCCAGAGAAGGAGAAAGGAGAUGCAGAGAGGGAGAGGCCUGACAGUGAGACAGAGAGUGAUGCGGAUGACAUCUUCUUCCCAGUAGUUGUACCAGAGAAGCCCGUCCCCACGCCACCAGUGAAGAGACGCACUCAGUCCCUCAGUGCGCUGCCCAAAGAUGGAGAUAAGAGCAGCCCUGGAAAGAGGGAGAAGGACCACAUCCGGCGACCAAUGAAUGCAUUUAUGAUUUUCAGUAAGCGCCAUCGAGCAUUGGUGCACCAGCGGCACCCAAACCAGGACAACAGGACAGUCAGCAAGAUUCUUGGGGAGUGGUGGUAUGCUCUUGGACCAAAGGAGAAACAAAAGUACCACGAUUUGGCCUUCCAGGUCAAAGAGGCCCACUUUAAGGCUCACCCCGACUGGAAGUGGUGUAACAAAGACAGGAAGAAGUCCAGCUCAGAGGGCCGUGGGGUGCCAGGGGGCAAAGACAUCAGAGAGAGGAGCAUGUCCGAGUCCACAGAGCCCCGCUCUGUGGAGCUAAAGGGGGUUGGUCCGAGUCUGGUGAGCGUGUCAGAGAGGACCACAGGAGAAGGUCAUGUGGGCCAGCUUACCCGCCCCAGAGCCUUCUCUCAAAGUGCCAUGCACAGCCUGGAGCGGAGUGACAGGGGGAAUACACAGGCCCUGGCAGAACUGGCACAGAUGUGUGGGGAUGGUGGAAGUCAGUUUUCAAGUCAUGCCCCGCCCCCCUCACAGUCCCAGAGGGGGGUCAGCGAGGACAUGACCAGUGACGAGGAGCGCAUGGUCAUCUGUGAGGAGGAGGGAGAUGAUGAUGUUAUUGAGGAACCUUAUCCGAGCAGCUCCAUAGACCUCAAGUGCAAGGAGCGGGUGACCGACAGCGACAGUGAGAACGGUUCUGGAGACGAAAGUGAUCGAAAGAGAGUUUUUGCUCCAGUCAUCUGCUCCUCUGCAUUACCAUCUUCCUCCCACCAUACCCCUCAUGGCAGGAGCAUCUCACUGUCCUCUUACCCCAGCAGCAAGUGUUAUGAUGAGGGGAGAUCAGGAGGAGGGUUUUCAGAUCACAGGAGGAAGGAAAGAGGAGAGGGAGAGACCAAGGACACAUUUGGGGGAGAGGGGGGAGGAGAAGGAGGAAAAGGAGUGCAAGCCACAUCUCUCUCCCUCACUUCUGGCCACUCAGUCAUCUCCACUUCGUUAGCUGGAGGGCAUCCUUCCUCAUCAGUCGGCUCCCUGGGGGUGAUCCCACAUCUGGGGAUUGGAGUCGUACGGGUGGCACCUACGGUGGUGACCAAUGUCAUGCGUCCUGUAAUCAGCACACCACUCCCGAUCGCCAGCAAAACCAGAGAUGGAGGCACAGAGAGGAAGUCCCUGACGCUCCAUCAGCAGCCGCACCUUCUGAUUGGUUCAGGAUCGGGAGGAGGGGUUCCAGCCACCGGGGGUGGGUACUACUCUUCACCAGCACCUAAUCCUUUAGGUGCAGGCGUUGGCCCUGGUGGUGUCGUGACUAAUUUGGUGUUAGGAGGGGCUCUGUCUGCUCAACCCGCCGUACAGCUCAUCACACCCUCCCACCACCACCAUCUCUCCCAGCAUCAGGCCUUUACCUCCUCCGCUGUUUCAGUACCGCAUAGCCAACCCAACGGGCCCCUGCCUCUGUCCCUGCUUCAGCCCCAGUUCCUUCCCGCCUCUUCCCUAGCGUCCCCUGGGGGUAAGGCCAUCACACAGGUUCAGUACAUCCUGCCCACCCUACCUGCCAACAACAACCCCAAGAGUCCACCGCUGCAGCUCAGCCAGCCAACCAGUGUCUUCAACCUGCCCACAGCUCCACCCACACACAUGUGCCUGGCCAAUGGAAGGCAGCAGGGCACAAGUUCACUCGUGGGAUAUUCGUCCAGCUCAGCAGUGGGAGUGGUCAGCCCUGUGACGAGAGUGCAAACACAGUCUCCAGUGCUCCAGGGCAAAAUGCUUGUUCCCAUGGCAACAGUACGGACAGCACCAGCCUCUGCCCAGCAGGUUCCCAUUGUGGCGCCGCUUCUUCCGGUCCAGAACGGCGCUCAGACGGGAAGCAAGAUCAUCCAAAUCGCUCCGAUGACUUUGGUCCAGUCCCAGCUGCUUCACGGUGGAGCGGUCCACCCUGCCAGCCCCUUCCCCGUCACAGUGGGCACAGCUGCUGUGAUGGCUCCGGGAUCGGCCCCCUCCCAGGCUGUGCUGCUGCCGCCAGCUCCGACCAGGAUCACCUAUGUCCAGUCCACUCCAGGGGUCGCAUCCGCUCUGCCUCUGGUCUCCACGACAACAGGCUCUUCCACCACGCAGCAAGCCCUGUCGGGGCCUGGAUCUGCAUAUGGGCCGUCGCCCCUGGCAACACUCGGAUUCACAGCAAUCGCACCGCCUGGUCAGACUCUGGUUCAGCCGCUGAUCACAGGUCAGCCCCCACUGGUAGCCACAGCUCAGGCUCAACAGCCCUCAGGCCCUGCCUCGGGCUCUGGGGGCCAGAUAGUCACCAUCUACUCUCCUUCACCCAGCAUCACCAUGGCAACAGGGGUGGUCUCUAUGACGCCGGUACCCCCCAGCGUGGUCUACUCCAUCUCCGGCCCUUCCACCGUUUCCCCCCACAUCCUCUCCAAACACACCGCGACCCCCAGCACCAUCAUACACCCACACCCGGACAGACAGGCAGACAGGCACCUGCCUGCAGACAGACCUGCAGACAGACAGGCUGAGAGGCAGACAGAACUGCUGACUCAUUCGGACAGGCACCUGGAGAGGCAGCCCUCCAGCAGUUGCAGCUCAGUGGCACCUCCAAGUGGCUCAGCCGUGUGCACACGGCCCUGCAGUCCUCUUCCGAUCCAAACGCCUGGCAGUGCACCAGGUACACCGAAACUAACGCAGCUUCCGGUCAGGACCCCUCAGAAGGUGAAGGCGACGCUGGCGAACAUUCCCAUCGGCAGCUAUGAAGGAGGAGGCCGAGGAAAGGAGAGGGAACGGGAACGGGAGAGAGAGAGGGAACGGGAAAGGGAGAGAGAGAGGGAACGGGAGAGAGUAGCUGCAGCCACCAGUCGCUUCUCGUUUGAUGCUGAGCUGGCGGGGCAGACGGGGCCUCCGUCAACCCACCCGGCGGAGGAGCCGUCCUCCGACCGACCGCUGGAGGGCCCCGGUGCUGCGGAGUCCUUCGACACGCAGCACCGGGAAAACACGAGCACCAAAGAGGCUGGCUGGAAGGAGUCUCUCGUCUCCUUGCCUCCCAGCGCCCCAUCAGCAACAGAAGCGGCCCUGCCCCCCCCACACGCCGACAAAGAUGCUCCUCCGCCCAAAAAGGUCAAAGCCCGCCCACCACCACUGAAGAGGACUUUUGAAUCCGUGGACAAGUCGGGCAGGGUGCUGUCGGAGGUGUAUUUCGAGGAGCGCUUCGCUGAGCUGCCAGAGUUUCGACCUGAGGAGGUUCUGCCGUCCCCCACCCUGCAGAGUCUGGCCACUUCGCCCCGGGCCAUCCUGGGCAGCUAUCGGCGCAAGAGGAAGAACUCGACAGAUUUGGACUCGGCCACUGACGAGCAAAUCUCCCCAAAGAGGAAGAGUCGGCGGCGCUCGAGCUGCAGCUCGGAGCCCAACACGCCUAAAAGUGCCACCAAGUGUGAGGGAGAAAUCUUCACCUUCGACAGAACAGCCCCAGACGGAGAAGACAUCCUGACCGAUAUGGAGUUCGACAAGGUGUCCUACUCCUCCCUGAGGCGGACACUGGACCACAGGCGAGCGCUGGUCAUGCAGCUGUUCCAGGAGCAGGGCUUCUUUCCAUCCGCCCAGGCCACGGCAGCCUUCCAGACGAGGUACUGCGAUAUAUUCCCUUCCAAGGUGUGUCUGCAGCUGAAGAUCAGGGAGGUGCGGCAGAAGAUCAUGCAGACGGCCGCCCCCUCGGAUGUCUCCGCGUUAGGCAUCCCUGACUCGAUGGGGCCCCUCCCUGGACCUUCUGGCUCCCAGUCCGGGGAAGGAUCCACGAGGGGAGGCGGGGACCUGCAGGACGAGGACGUGGAGGAAGGGGCCGAGGGAAGCCAAGAGGAUCCUCGGGAUUCACAGGACUCUUCGAGAUGAAGGAUGCUCGCAAAUUGAAAUCGACCAAUCAGUGGCUGUUAAAGUCACACCUUUCCACCCCCUACACACACACACACACACACACACUUCACUCCUACCCCUCUGGUCUGAUCCUGCUUUCUUUCCAUCCUUUCACCCAACCGGUGGCAGUGAUAUAUGUUUUGUCUGCAGUGUUGGGACUUUUGUUUUCAGUUAGCUGCAUGAAACCUCACGGCACAAAGACUUCUUCAUGACACCAACACGACGCACAUACAUAUAUAUAUAUAUACGCGCACACACACACUGCAAACUCUUAACUAGCACACUUGAAGUCACACUCUGUAUUAACCACCAUGGGAUCGUACCGUUGAAGCCAGCGAGCGAAGCGGCCGCUCUCGUCCACCUGGUCUGGACGCAGAGUCCUGCUCGACCCGUCGAGAGACGAGGAAAAGUCAGCGGCUUGAAAACAAGAAUAUUCUGCGUGUUGAUGUUUGUUUUCAUAGCCUUCGAGGAGUAGAGCAGCGAGGAGCAACCUGUGUGGAGACUUCCCCGUCGUACGCUUGUCUGGCUUCCGCUGACAUUCGGGGGCUGGGCCCUCAACAGCCGGAAACUAUUGGACCGGACAAGAGAACCGUCUCUCUCCACCUGGAACCAUCUUGUUCUCCAUGUUGUUGUUCACGUGUCGACCUUGAGGGGAGAUGUACCGGGAGUGACAUCAUUCCUGCCAUCAUUCCUGCAAUGACCUGCCUGGCCCCGUCCUCCCUUCUCGCGAUUGACCCUAGCACAUGCCAGUAUGUAGGAAGCGAGCAUUCCUGUGCCUCUCACUCGCUGGCCAUGAAGGAAGGAGGCGGUCAGAGUCAACGGGCACAUCCUGGCUCCGAGUCGUAGAGGUCGGGCUGAUUAGGCCUUUAAUCCUCUUGCCAAGCAGUUUUAUGUGCUUCUUUUUUUAAAUAAUUUGAUUUGUAUUUAACGUUGUCCUAUUCAGUUUGUUGUUGUACUAUUCCUAUGGUUAUUAUUAUGAUUACUAUUACUCCUUAUAUCAUUGCAGUGAACCCCCGUUCCUUACUUCUGUUCUCAUUGCUGGCAGAUCUUUCCUUUCCUUUUGCCGGCUCCUGAUUUAUUGAACUAUUUAGUUUUGAUCAAUUUGGAGGUGAGAAGCUGCGUGACGCUUGUCCAGUUCCUCCAUUCUUGUCUUCCUUCGACUUGCCUCUCACCUCAGCCAGUCCCUGCGGUGCAGUUAUUUUAUUGUUCGUUGGAGAGGACAAACACGACGUGGCCCUUUCCAUUCAGCAGUAAUAAGCCGUAUGUUUUUAGACAACCCUGUAGGCCUCUGUCCCUCGCCAAGUUUGAUUUUAUAGCCUCAACACUUGUACAUCUCCUUGCUCCCUCUUUCCUUCUGUUCUUCCUCCCUUUGUCACUUUAUUGCUCUCUCCAGACCUUUUCAGGCCGGCGGAGAGAAACCGGGGGAAGUGAGGGUCAUGAAUCAGAGCCGGCAGCAUCUAAUACUGGUUUACUUGGUUGUGUUGUAAAUAAUUACUGUAGUCAGUAGACUCAUUAUAUUAAGAAAAACAUCCGUCAUUGAACAUGAGUUGACUUUUAAGAAACCCAUAACCGAAGGUAAGACACAUGAAAUGGAAAAAAAACAAUAAAUAUGGCUAUUAAUGUU